AUGGAAGCACCGCAAUAUAUCACCGAGCUAGUGCCGCAGUCACCUGUGCAGCACGCGUGCGUCGGCGGCGAGGUACAUGAGCAGGAAGCCGAGGUUGUGCGCCACCACCAGCGCCGACACCGCCGCGCCGCGCACCGCCUCCUCGCACAUCUACACACACACCACGUCAGUACAGCGCCCGCCCCGCCCGCCCCCGCCCGCACUGCACAUCUACACACACACCACGUCAGUACAGCGCCCGCCCCGCCCGCCCCCGCCCGCACUGCACAUCUACACACACACCACGUCAGUACAGCGCCCGCCCCGCCCGCCCCCGCCCGCACUGCACAUCUACACACACACCACGUCAGUACAGCGCCCCCCCGCCCGCCCCGCCCGCACUGCACAUCUACACACACACCACGUCAGUACAGCGCCCGCCCCGCCCGCACGGCUAAUACCUCACGCGCCAGCAGCGGUGCCAGGCACCAGGCGCCCGCGCCGCCCACACCGGCGCAGGCGCGCGCCGCCACCACCCACCAUCCGCCGCCACACAGCUUCAGACACCAACAAGCCUACGAAACACAAUAUGCGAGAAUUCAAUAA